AAAAAAAAACUUCUGGAAAAUGACCGCAAUCCGUGACAACUUGUGUGAACUCAAAAGACUCGAGAUUCCACGUCCAAAAUGCCAAGGAAUGCAGUUUGUUGCCACACGUGGAAGACAAGGGUUUUAUAGAACCAUCCGAGAGAAUGGCGCAAUGUAUGGAAUUCAACUCAAACCACAGGGACCAAAGAGACCACAACUGAGCUCAGAUCUUUUCAACAGACCAAUGACGGUCCCUGAGGAAAAUAGCGAAGAUGUUGAAGAAGCUCAAACAAGCCAGCCGGAAACAAGAAAAGUCGAGAUGAAUAACAAUAACAAUUACAAGAUAAGCUACACUUCUCGUCCACCAUUGCCACCACAACAACCGAAACAGACCUACACUUUACAAAGAACAACUCCACAGGCUCAACCAACACCCCAGCAGCCAAGAAUGUUCUCCCGUUCUUCUGGAGGCAUCACUGGUGCUGUGAACAACCGCCCACAAAUGGUUGCCCAGCAAAGAGAGAUUGCUCAAAAAUAAUUUGAUUAAAUGCUUUUAAUUACGGUCCUUUUUACAGAUAUGUUUUUUCUUGUUUUUUUUUCUUUAAAUGUUUUCUUUGAACUUAACCUCCAAUCUUUUCUCACUUCCCUGUGUAAGGUCACAACCACACACCGGCUACUUUUUUGGUCACAAAAAAUGGCAAUUUCUAAAUAUUGAACAUUCGCCUUAACUCUUAACUCCUCCAUAUAUAUUUCAUCUUUGUAUAUAUUUACUUUGGAAUGAAUCAAAAUUUCC